AUGACAAGCAGUCCUAUCCAAUCGCUCUCGUCGCAGCUUGUGCCUGGUCUGUCGCUGCCUACCAAUCUUGCAACGAAUCUCCCUGUGGAAUCCCUCUUAUCUGAGCUUCUGGGGAUAACCACGGCCUUUCCUUCUCUUCCGUCCAAUGUCCCGAUCGGGUCUUUAAUCUCUGAGCUUCUUGGUGUCAUUACCGCGUCACCAGGCUUGCCUACUAAUAUUCCGGUCGACUCUUUGAUCUCCCAGCUUCUUGGACUCCUUGGAGUAACAACGGCAUUGCCGAGUUUGCCCACUAAUAUACCAGUCGACUCUUUGAUCUCACAGCUCCUUGGUGUCACUACAGCAUUGCCGGGUUUACCCACUAAUAUUCCGGUCGACUCUUUGAUUUCACAACUCCUUGGUGUCACUACUGCAUUACCAGGUUUGCCGACGGACGUUCCAAUUGAUUCUCUCAUCUCCGAGCUUCUUGGGAUCACUUCCGCGUUACCAGGGUUACCAACGAACAUUCCGAUCAGCUCUUUAGUUUCCGAGCUUCUUGCUGUCACUACUGAACUGCCAGGUUUGCCAACGGAUAUUCCGAUUAAUUCUUUGGUUUCUGAACUCCUUGAGAUCACAACGGCGCUGCCGCCUCUGCCUACUGACCUGCCGGUUGAAUCCCUAAUCUCACAAAUCCUGGGAGUUACUACGGCUUUGCCACCACUUGCGACUGACAUUCCAGUUGAAGCUCUGGUGUCCCAAAUUCUCGGAAUCACUACCGCACUACCACUUCCCACGGAUAUCCCGGUGGAAUCCCUAGUGUCUGAACUGCUUGGAAUAACUACAGCGAUACCGUCUUUGCCAGUAGAUGUCCCGGUUGAGUCGUUGCUCUCUCAAAUCCUUGGAAUCACGACAGUCUUACCUGGGAUUUCUUUGCCGCUGCCUCUGCCCACCAACGUCCCUCUAGAGUCACUUCUACCUGGCCUCUUGCCAAACGGAAGCCUUCCAAUCACCCUUCCCAACGGGCUGCCAACGGAUAUCCCAGUAGACUCGUUGAUUUCCGAGCUUUUGGGGAUUACUAGUCUCCUACCGUCGCUGCCCCUUCCGUUGCCAACCCCUACGAUCCCUCUGGUACUGCCGAGCCUUACGCUUCCUCUGACGCUGCCGAACGGUUUGCCAACGAACAUUCCCUUGGAAUCUGUGCUGUCCGAUUUGCUUGCCAUUCAAACUCUCUUGCCAGACCUCACUGUUCCUCUCUCAUUUCCAGGUGGCUUCCCCACGGGUCUUCCGCUCGGUGAGAUUAUCUCAGACGUGCUUGGCCUUACCACGAUUUUGCCUGACUUGUCCAUUCCCCUACCGAGCAUUGGCGUUUCACUCACCUUACCAAAUGGGUUACCAACAAAUGUCCCUCUCCAGUCCCUUAUCACUGGCAUAUUGGGAGUCACGGCUCUGAUACCACCCGUUUCUCUUGGCUUACCAACGGCAGUGCCUGUUGAUUCUCUGGUGUCAGACGUGCUUGAUAUUACAACACUAUUGCCUGGAAUUUCGCUCCCUUUAGCGCUGCCGACUAACCUGGCUGUCCCUGUCGAGUCUUUGGUUUCGCAACUUCUGGGAAUCACCACGGCUCUUCCAAACCUUUCGCUAGCGCUGCCGGCCGACCUUCCCGUUGAGUCACUUGUCUCAGAUCUUGUAGGGAUCGUGACUGCGCUCCCGAGUCUUGCGGUCGCAUUGCCAACAAAUCUUCCGCUGGAGGAAGUCAUAUCGGACAUUUUGGGGCUUACAACCGCUCUUCCAAGUCUUCCGCUGCCGCUGCCAACGAACCUGGCUAUCGAACCACUCAUAUCUGACCUUCUGGCAUUCACGACUGCUCUUCCAAAUCUCCCGCUGACAUUGCCAACGAAUGUCCCUCUUGACUCGUUUUUGUCCUCGCUGUUGGGACUCGGAAACGCUCCUCCGGAUCUUCCAUUGACGUUGCCGACAAACAUACCUCUCGACUCACUCCUCUCGGAUGUCUUGGGGAUUACGUCCGUCAUCCCUGGCCUCACUCUUCCAACGAUUCUGCCUACAAACGUGCCACUCGAAUCACUGCUCUCGGACCUUCUGGGUCUCCCUACUGCACUUCCUGGUCUCUCGUUGCCGCCGCUUCCACUGCAGACAAAUGUUCCUGUCGAGUCGCUCCUGUCAGACUUGCUGGGUAUUGCGACUGCUCUUCCCAAUCUCUCUCUUCCCAUCCCAUUGCCGACGGGUCUGCCCGUUGACUCGCUCCUUUCAGAGUUAUUGGGUGUUGCGACUGCGCUUCCGCUGCCAACAAACCUGCCCGUCGACUCGCUCCUGUCCGAGCUUCUGAAUGUUGCGACCGGUCUUUCGCUUCCCAUCCCGCUGCCGACGAACCUGCCUGUCGGGCCACUCGUGUCCGAACUUCUGGGCAUCGUGACCAAUCUUCCCGGAAUCUCUCUUCCAUUGCCUACCAACCUGUUGCCACUUCCAACCGGGGUCCUUGAUCUCGCCCCGGUCAAUUCGCUUGUGUCAGAGCUGUUGGCGCUUCCUACUGGCGUUCCAGGCCUCGAGUCGAUUGAUUCUCUUGUGUCGGAUCUAUUGGCACUUCCCACUGGUAUUGCGCGUAUCGAGCCGAUCAAUUCGCUCGUGUCAGAGCUGUUGAACCUUCCCACCGGGGUCGCGGAUCUCGCGCCAGUGAAUUCGCUUGUGUCGGACCUAUUGGCACUGCCUACCCGGAUUCCGGGUGUCGCACCAGUUGAAGCGCUUGUGUCGGACCUGUUGACACUUCCUACUGGGCUUGGGCUGCCGGACCUCGCGCCGCCGGUUGAAGCGCUCGUAUCUGACCUUUUAGCACUUCCUACUGGGCUGCCAGGCCUUGAGCCGGUUGGGACGCUUGUGUCGGAUUUGCUGGCACUCCCGUCAGAUCUGUUGGCACUUCCUACUGGGACUUUGGGACUUGCGCCAGUUGAAACAGUACUCUCUGAGCUUUUGGGCAUCGUCACGGCUCUGCCAAGCCUUUCUCUUCCCACGAACAUUCCGAUUGGGUCGUUCGUGUCGCAGCUGUUGACUGCUCUCCCAGCGCUUCCAUCGGUUCCGGCCGUCAACUCUCUUGUAUCAGAGCUGCUCGGCGUCACCACAGCCUUGCCUGCGCUCCCCCUUCCGCUUCCAAGUCUGCCUUUGGGUGGUUCCGCUGGCCUCCCGCUAUCGCUGCCAACCAACCUCGCAGUUGAUUCGGUGAUAUCUGACUUGAUUGGGGCCCUGCCGACAAAUAUACCUCUUCAGUCAGUCGUAUCCGACUUGCUAGGAGUACUACCUACCAAUGUGCCUCUCGAGUCAGCCUUAUCCGAUUUACUCCAUGGCACCCUGCCCAUAGGACUCCCAACUGCUGUUCCGGUUGAGUCAGUUCUUUCGGACUUGCUUGCAGUCACAAGCCUUUUGGGAGGUCUCGGAACGGGACUCGCGCUCCCCACUAACCUCCUGUCUCUCCCGCCUCUUCCUUUGACCAACCUCCUGCAGCUAUCGACGGCCUUGCCUGGCAUUAGCCUCAACCUUCCACUGUCUGUAUCGCUCGGCGUGCCUCUGCCGUCUCUGGCCCCAGUGAACCUCCCUUCGCUCCUCGCAGACUUGCCCAGUCUCGCCACAAACGCGCCCGAGUUGUCGAGCGCCCUGGGCGGCGUGCAGACCGCCCUGAACGACCUGCUUCAGACUGCUCCGGCUGUUGUUAAUAGCGUCCUAGGAGAUGUGAACAGCAUCGUGCAGGGCUUGUUGCCGACGGAUCCCGUUGCGGCGCUUUCGGCGAUUGAAACGUUGCUUCCGGGCCUGGGGCUUCCUACGGCUGGAUUGCCAUCUAUUGGACUGCCAUCUAUUGGACUGCCACCUAUUGGACUGCCGUCUAUUGGACUGCCAUCUGUUGGACUGCCUUCUCUGGGAUUGCCCUCUGUUGGUCUUCCCGGGCUAAGUCAAGGCCUGCCCCCAGUUGCUCUUCCCUCCAUUGGUUUGGACGUCUUGAGCGAACUCUCUCUGCUUCACGGUGUCCUGCCAACGUCUGAUCCGGCACUGUCUUCCCUCAUCGACGGCAUCGAAUCACUCCCUACCAAUCUUCUCAACAAUCCCAACGCACUGCCCUCUCUCCUAUCUCAAGUUGGCGGCGUAGCCGCAAAUCUACCAAGCAUAGCGCUGCCGCUCGUGUCGAACCUGCUCUCAGACUUGCUCAGUCCAACGACCGGAAUUCUGGGUCUGCCAAUCCCCGCCACUGAACUUCCAAUCACUCUACCACCCGGUCUUCUUCCUACCGGCGGGCUACCACCUUUACCCCUACCUUCAAAUCCGGUCAGCGAUAUCGUCUCCGUCCUCAACUCAGUCCUCCCCAGCCUCGGCAUCCCCCUCCCCACCAACCCGGCAGACGUUCCCGGCGCGCUGUCUUCGGUCCUCGCGAACCCCGGCCCGGCUCUGCAGAGCGCGCUCUCGAACCUGCAACUCAUUCCCUCGGCGCUUCAAACCCUUCUUGCGCCCGGCGGUGGUCUCGGGCUGCCGUCGCUUCCUAUCGGUCCUAUCGUCACUGCUCCAGUCGGCAGCGCUCUUCCGCUGCCCCCGGUCGUCUCCAAUCCAGCUCAACUCGUAUCCUCUCUCGUCGCCCAGGUUCCGGCGCUAUCUGCGAUCCUUCCCACAGGUGUUCCGAUAGAGUCUAUCCUGGCUAAUCCGCCGCCCGCACUGAACUCGGUGUUGUCGCAGAUUGGACUCCCUCCAGUCGGCAGCGCUCUUCCACUGCCCACGGCGGUCUCAAAUCCAGCUGGACUUGUAUCCUCCCUCGUCGCCCAGGUCCCGGCGCUAUCUGCCAUCUUGCCGUCAGGCGUUCCGAUCGCGUCCGUCCUGGCUAAUCCGCCGCCCGCGCUGAGUUCGGUGUUGUCGCAGAUCGGAUUGCCUCCAGUCGGCAGCUCUCUUCCAUCAUUACCCCCUGUGGUCUCCAACCUGGCUGGAAUCGUGUCAUCCCUCGUCACCCAGGUCCCGGCGCUGUCUGCGAUCUUGCCGACAGGUGUCCCGAUAGAGUCUGUCCUGGCGAAUCCGCCGCCCGCGCUGAAUUCCGUGUUGUCGCAGAUUGGACUGCCUUCGAUCGCGCUCCCGAGUGGUGGCCUUCUCCCGAGUGGUGGUCUUCUACCGAGCGGUGGCCUUCUACCGAGCGGUGGCCUUCUCCCGAGCGGUGGCCUUCUCCCGAGCGGUGGCCUUCUCCCAAGUAACGGCCAGCUCCUCCCGUCAAUCGCGCUUCCACUGCCUUCGAUCGCACUCCCAAGCGGUGGUGGCCUUCUCCCGAGUGGCGGUCUUCUCCCAAGUAACGGCCAGCUCCUUCCGUCAGUCGCGCUUCCACUUCCUUCGAUCGCACUCCCAAGUAACGGCCAGCUCCUCCCGCCAAUCGCACUCUCAAGCGUUGGCGGUGGCAUUCUCCCGUCCAUCGGUCUACCUCUCUCCAGCGCAGCCCCCCUUGCACCCCUCAACCUCCCAAGCCUGCUCGGUCUUCCCGUACAACCACAACCCAGCGCCGGGCUCCCGUCGUCCAUUGGCGGUGGCCUGCUCCCUUCCAUCGCCAUUCCAAGCGCGGGCCUGCCGUCGAUUGCACUCCCAAGUGGCAUUCCAUCUAUCGGUGUACCUCAGCUGAGCGUCGGUCUGCCGUCACUCGGCCUCAACCUGCCCAGUGGCGGUGGACUGCUACCGUCGCUUGGUGUCCCGAGCGGAGGGCUCGGUCUGCCUACCGCCGGGCUGCCGUUACCGUCCGUCGGACUCCCUAGUGGAGGCGUCGGUUUGCCGUCAGUCCAGCUUCCGAGCGGGCUUAACAACUUGCCGAGUCAGCUCGGUCUGCCCUCGGUAUCGCUUCUGGGUGGGGCAAAUCUGCCUAGUGUUGGGUUGCCGUCGGCACUCUCCCUGGGUCCUGGAUUACUUCCGAGUGCACUGUCUUCGCUCGGUGCUGCGCUUCCUUCCCUCGGUGCUGCACUCCCCUCACUGGGUGCUGCACUUCCUUCGCUUGGUGCCGCACUUCCUUCGCUUGGUGCUGCACUUCCUUCACUGGGUGCUGCAAUUCCUUCACUCGGUGCCGCACUUCCUUCGCUUGGUGCUGUACUCCCCUCACUGGGUGCUGCACUUCCUUCGCUUGGUGCUGCACUUCCUUCACUCGGUGCUGCACUUCCUUCGCUCGGUGCCGCACUGCCUUCCCUCGGUGCCGCAGUCCCCUCACUGGGUGCUGCACUGCCGUCUCUUGCUCUAGGUCUCCCGGGGCUCGGUGCACCAAGCAACAACGGACAAUCGCUAGGCUCCUCGACAUCACAGCCCCCGCGUGUCAUUCCCAGCAACCUCGCCACGGCACUUGCCAAUCUUCCCAGCCAACUGUCGUCAUUGGGCCUGUCACCCAACCAGGUAUCCUCGGCCUUGGCUUCAUUGGGCCUGCCUUUGGUCCCUGGUGCCUCUGAGCCCGCCGUGGCUCUGCCAUCUCUGGGCCUGCCUUCCGUGGGCCUGCCUUCCGUGGGCCUGCCUUCCGUGGGCCUGCCUUCUUUGGGUUUGCCUUCUGUGGGUUUGCCUUCUGUGGGUUUGCCUUCUGUGGGUUUGCCUUCUGUGGGUUUGCCUUCCGUGGGUUUGCCUUCGGUUCAACUGCCAUCCAUCGCCUUGCCUUCUGUUUUGCCGUCCCUUGGACUUCCUUCUGUUCAAUUGCCAUCUGCCGGGCUGCCUUCUGCGCUGCCGUCCCUUGGGCUCCCAUCUAUCCAACUACCGUCUGCCGGGCUGCCUUCAGCGUUACCGUCUCUGGGUCUGCCCUCGGGGCUACCGUCGUUGGGCCUGCCUUCGUUGGCCCUUCCAUCUGUCGCUCUGCCUCCAAUAGGGUUGCCUGGUCUUGGUCCACAACCUUCCGCAGCCGUACCAUCUGCAGGUGCACCCUCUGCAGGUGUGCCCUCUGCAGGCAUACCAUCUGGUGCCGUGCCAUCAAGCGUCGCGCGCCCGAGUGUACCGUCUGUCGGACUUCCUUCGCUGGGUCUACCGUCUUUGGGUUUGCCCUCCGCCGCCGCCCCAUCUCUUGGCCUGCCAUCACUCAACCUGCCAUCACUCCUUGGUGCCCCCCCUCCUGGCUUGUCUUCCGCUGCUGUCCGCUCGGGAGAGGUCCCUCCAGCUGCUCUUCCCUCUUCGGGCCUGCCAUCACUCGGCCUGUCUCUCAGCCUACCGGUCUCACUCGGCUUGCCCUCUGUCGGAUUACCCUCUGUUGGAUUACCCUCUGUUGCAUUGCCUUCAGUUAAUCUGCCCUCCGUUGGUCUGCCCUCCGUUGGUCUGCCCUCCGUCGCCCUACCGUCCGUCGCCCUACCUUCCAUCGGCCUCCCCUCUGUCGGCCUGCCCGGUCUCCCCGGUCUCCCCGGUCUCGGCCAACCCAACAGCCCCAGCAGCCCACCCCUGGCGCCCACGAGCCGCAUCGUCACCUCCGCUUCAUCAUCCAUCGCCCCAUCAUCGCCAUCACCAUCAUCCAUGGCCGCGUCCUCGAACACCGCCGCAGCCCUCCCUCCCCUUGCCGUCAGUAGGCUCGCCCCGAUGCUGUCGGCCAUUUCGUCUUCCAACGCCCCGCUCGCGUCGGCCCUCGGCCAGCUGCAGUCCUCGAACGGAGUACCGGCCGUGGCGAGCCAGUUGGUGUCGAAUUUGCCGCUGGCGUCCGAGGUAGCGUCGGUAUUGGCGAGUUUGUUGCCGUUGUCGAAUGGUGGCGGUCUUCUUCCGAGCAUCGCCCUUCCGCUGGGUGGAGCUCCUCCGAGUGCUUCUGGGCUGCCGGGUGGAGCUGCUCCCCCGAGCGGAACUGCUUUGCCCAGUGCUGGAGUACCGAGUGGAGCUGCUCCUCCGAGUGUUGGGCUCCCGAGUGCUGGUGGCGCUCUGCCCAGCAUCGGUCUCCCCCUCAGCCUUCCCAGUAUCGGUUUGCCAAGCGCUCAAAUCCUUCCGAGUGUUGCACUCCCGCUCUCGCUCCCAAGCGUUGGCCUCUCGCUCGGGGCCGCGCCCAGUAUCGCUUUACCCGGCCUCGGCCUGCCCAGCAUUGGCCUUCCCGGCAUAGGCCUACCAGGCGCUGCCCCUUCACCGUCGCCCGCCGUGGCUUCCGUACCGCCAGGCGUGGCAUCAUCCCAAAGCGCAAGGCCCCCGAGUGCUGCGGCCAGCAUCCCCAGCGCGGCGGUCCCGAGUGCCGGCUCGCCCGGUGCACCUGCCGCUGUUCCCAGCGUCGGCCUUCCCAGUGCUGCUGUACCUUCCAUCGGCCUGCCCAGCGCUGCCGUUCCCAGCGCCGCCUUGCCCAGUGCUGCUGUGCCGAGCGUCGGCCUGCCGAAUGCCCUGUCCAACCUCGGCCUACCUAGCAUCGCUCUGCCUAGCGUGGCCCUCCCGAGCGUCGCUCUCCCGAGUCUCGGCCUACCCGGCAUCGGCCUGCCAGGCGGUGCUGCGCCGAGCGCUGCUCUUCCCAGUGCUGCUUUCCCGAGUGCUGCCUUGCCCAGCGCUGUUCUACCUAGUGCCGGUGCUCCUGGUGCUCCUGGUGCUCCUGGUGCUUCUGGUGCUCCUGGUGCUCCUGGCGCUCCUAGUGCGAGUGUUCCCAGUGCUGGGUUGCCUGGUAUUCAACUUCCGAGUGUCGCUCUCCCAAGCGUUGCUCUCCCAAGCGUUGCUCUCCCAAGCGUUGCUCUUCCGAGUGUUGCUCUCCCAAGCGUUGCUCUUCCGAGUGUUGCUCUCCCGAGUCUCGGACUGCCCGGAAUCGGCUUACCAGGUAUUGGUGGUGCUCCAAGCGUUUCUCCCUCCUCCAGCCCCGGCUUGACUAGUGCUCGCCCUCCUAGCGCUGGUGUGCCCAGUGCUGCUGUACCAAGUGCCGCUGUCCCCAGUGCCGCUGUCCCCAGUGCCGCUGUCCCCAGUGCUGCUGUAUCCAGUGCUGGAUUACCUGGUAUUCAACUGCCGAGUCUGGGACUGCCGAGUCUUGGACUGCCGAGUCUUGGACUACCAAGUCUUGGACUACCGGGAAUCGGCCUACCAGGUAUCGGUGGUGCCCCAAGCAUUGCUUCUUCCAGUGCCGGAUUGUCUAGUACUCGACCUUCCAGCGCUGCUUUAUCCAGCGCUGGCGUCUCUAGUGCCGGUGUGCCGGGGGUUUCAAGCGCAAAUCUCGUUCCUAUUGGUGUCUCCAACCUCGGGCUUGCUCCGAGCAGUAGCCUGCCCCGGACCAGUUCACCAGUUGCAGGUGUGUCCAGCAGCGCUCUUCCAAGUGCUGCCCUUUCCAGCGCUAGCAUUCCGAGUGGCGUUUCCAGCGUCGGUCUCCCAAGCGCCGGUCUCCCAAGCGUUGGUCUCCCCAGCGUUGGUCUCCUUAGUGCGGCUUCCUCGAGUAUCAAUCCUGGUCUCUCAAGCGUCGCUCUUCCGAGUGCUGCUCCUCCCAGUGCUGCUCUACCUGCACUCAGCGUCGGUCUUCCAAGCAUUGGUCUCCCUAACAUCGGCCUCCCUAGUAUCGGCCUGCCAGGGAUUGGUUUGCCAGGCGCAGGCUCGCAUAGCUCAAGUGUUCCUCCUGCUCCGCUUUCUGCAGGAUUGCCGAGCUCUAGUCUUCCUGCUGCUCCGCCUUCGGCUGGCGUGCCGAGUGUCCCGCUGUCAUCGAGCGCUGGCCUCCCGUCAGCUGCUCCCCCGAGCAUUGGUGUGUCGAGUCCCGGCAUCCCAUCAGCUGCCCUCCCCAGCAGUCCCGCUUCCAGUAUCAAUCUGUCACUAAGCGCUCAUGUCUCGGUAUCACCGUCGGCUGCGCUACCGAGUGUUGCUGUUCCCAGCGUCGCAGCUCCAGGCCUAUCCAUCGGAUUGCCCGGCCUCCCAGGCUUGAUUCCACCUGCAAACACCGCUCUGGCACCCAUUGCCGCUUCAGUUGCUCAUUCAGCUGCUCCUUUAGCUUCUUCUUCGGCUGCUCCUUCAGCUACUCCACCUGCUGAAAUUUCGAAUAACCCGCUGCUGUCCCAUGCUUCCAGUAGUCUCACUAGCUCACUUGGUGAAAGUGUCCCCAGCCUGGAAACCCCUCGAUCAACCUACAUUCCCAGUUCAACCGAGGAGCCUGAGAACCCAUUCUCCCUGAAUUUCCUACCAACUGUAUUCCCUGAUGAGCCCACGGCCAUCGCCACGGUUAUGCCCGAUAUAGAAGCUUACCUUGCACAACUUUCUCCGGAAGAACUCGCGCAGCUCUUCACUGAUCUGCCAACUGUGGCACCGGAGUUGAUUGCGCCGGUGACCUCGGCAGUCUCGAACUUGGUGAAUAUAGCUUCACAGGGCUUACCUGUGGCGCUCCCUUCUGCAGGCACCAAUGCUCUGAAUCCGAUUGUCAGCGCGCUUGGCUCGGUCCUCAGUCCUUCGGGCGGGGGCCUCAUUCCUGCAGCUGUCUCGGCACUUGUACCUGGGCAAUCGCGUGCGGUUCCUUCACAACUGGCCAGUGGCGCGGUAAGCCUGCGGCUAAGCUCUACCCCGGUGUCAGGCUCUGGCUUGAACAGCGUUCCCGCCGCUGCUCUCCCCUCGGCUGUCGCUGCAUUAGGUUCCAACCUGGGCAACGCUCUGACAAGCAAUCUCUUCGGCGGUCUCCUGGGCCCUGCCCCCGCGGCUCCAACGCCCAGCUCCGUCGCAGCACCUGCCCUCCCAUCUGCCGGGCCAGCCCAAGUGUCCGUUCCGAACGCCGGUCCUCCUGCUGCUCCGCCAAGUGCGUUCGUUCCAAAUGAGAGCCUCCGAGUAUCGGAAUCUCUUCCCAUAUCCCUCGGGCUUCCUGCUUCCCGCCUCGUUACUCCCGAGGCACCACCGUCCGCGUCUUUGCCAGCCGGUGUGAGUGUUUCGCUUCCGGGACCUCCCCGUGUGCCUGUGCCAGUCUCGAACCUCGCCGGUCCGGCACCAAGUGUUGCUCUCCCAUUACCGAGUGCUUCGGUCUCAGUGGCCGUCAGUCUGCCCUUGGCAGCAGCUCCCAGCGUUCCGGUCGAGGGUGGCGUCUCCUCCGUUCCUGCCGGCGGCAAUCCGCUCGCCAGCCUGCUAGGUGGUCUCCUGGGCGCCAGCCAGCCCGCAGCCGUCCCAAGUGCCGCCGCCGCCCCCAACGGCCCCGGCGGUCUCGGUCUUGGACUUGGCCUCUCCCUCGCCCCCGGUCAACCCGCGCCCACUGAGGCCGCGAACGCCCCUGGUGGACUCGGCCUGGGACUUGGUCUCUCUCUUUCACCCCCUGCACUGGCCUCGCCUAGUCCAGGCCUCAGCCUCGGUCCGGGCGGACUUCAAGCCUCCAUACCCGGUUUGGGCGCCUCUUUGGGCCUUUCAGGCCUGCUCCCAACUCCUCCAGCUGCAGCUCCUCCGGUUUCUCAGGCUCCGGGUGGAAGUGCUCUCCGCGGUCCGGCUGUUCCAAGCGUUCCCGCAGGUGCGGCGCCUGCUCUACCCUCCAGCCCAGCUGCGGUUCUGCCUGCAUCGAGCAGUCCUGUCGCGGCCGGUCUUCUCCCAAACCUACUGCCCGGGCUCCUAGGCGCUCCCGCCGCCGCUUCGAGCGCUCCCGCCCCUCCUGUGCUAGCGAGUAGCAAUGCCCCCGCUGGCUUGCCUGCUUCAAACGCCGUGCCCGCUCCCGCGUUGAGCAGCCCCGCCGCGAACAACAACAACAAUGGUCCCCUAGGACAGCUUCUCCCCGGGCUCCUAGGCGCUCCCGCCGCUCCUUCGAGCGCAGCCGCCCCGGCCCUACCCAGCGGUAACGCGGCCCUAUCCGCAUCCCUAGCCGCUUCACUCGGUGCCACCGCCGCCGCUGCCGCCCCUCCUCAAAGCAUCCCACCAGCCGCCCCGCCCGCAGCGUCCCUAAGCCGCACCGGCGUCAGCUCCCCAGCCCCAGCGUUCUCAGUCCUGCCGCCCUCAGCGAACCCCGUGCCCAGCAGCAGCGCCGUCCCGCCAGCCGCUCCAGCCCUGCCCUCAAGCGGUGCUCCCGCGCUCCCCACAGCCGCCGCCGCCGCCCCCAGCAGCCCGGCCGCCGCCGCGCAGGCCAGCCUUCUCGCCGGCCUCAUCCCCGGCCUCUUCGGCGCUCCCGCUCCUGCCGUCCCCUCAUCAUCACCACCAGCAGCAUCAGCCCCACCACCAUUAGUGGCGCCAGCAGCGCCGCCGCCUCCCGCAAACAGCAACAACCCUUUCCUCUCCGCCUCCGCGCAGCUUCAGGCAUCGCUAGGGGGCGCGCCGCCAGCCGGCAUCGUCCGUCGGCCCUGUCGCUUCUUCGCCUCCUCUUCCUGCCGUCGCCGCUUCGUUAUCGGCGUCUUUGGGCCUGGGAGGGGGGGUGCCGUCGACGUUGCUGACGACGACGCGGCCCGCGACGACGAUCAGGCCCACCACUACCGCGGCACCCAAUAUAUUUCAAAUUCUAGGCAUCCCCCGAAGGAGGAGAUUGAGGAUGAGAUGAGGUUGAGAAGAUGA